UUUUUUUUUACUUUUCUUUUUUUUUCUUUUAUUUUUUUUUUCGCUGGUACGAAUCAUGUUUACUACUACGACAGACAAUAGAAAAAGAAAACAAGAUCAUCAUCUUAGUUCUUCUAUGCCAACUAGUUCUUGGUCAGAUUUUAUUUACUCUUCUCCUUCAUCUCCUUCUAUUGAAAAUAAUCUUCAUUUUAAUUUUGAUACAUUAUUUGAUCAACAACAACUUGACCAAUCAGGAUCCAAUUCUCGUCGUCAUUCGGUAGCUGUAGGUGAAAUGGAUUAUCAUUCUUUUGACUUUAUUAAACAAGAUAUAAAUAUAAUACCAGCAACAAAUAAUAAUUCAGUUUGGGAUGAUAUUCAAGUUUUAUUGAAUUCUACUAAUACUUCUGGCUUUACUGAUCUUCUAUCAAACACUACAAUUGAUAGACCUAUUCAUAAACGUACUUUAUCUCUUAGAGAAGAUAAUCCUCAUUAUGCAACUCUUUUAUCACCUGCUUUGUCAACUAUCACCACUACUUCUUCUUCUUCUUCUAAUUUCUUUAAUUCAAGUUUUCUUGAUGCUCUUGUAGCUAAUGAAAAUAAUGAUACAGCUACUAUUAUGUCAGAUGUUACUUUUAAUGAUGAUUUAUUAAAAUUUACUAAUUCAUCAUCUACGUCAACAAUCACUCCGUCUGCUAUUACAAAUGAAAUUAACACAAUGGCAGAUUGGUUAUUAGAACAACAAGAAGUAAAAGAGAAAGAGAAAGAAAAAGAAAAACAACAACAAAAAAGACAAAGACGUAAUAGUAGUACAAAUUCUCCUAUUUCUCCUACUAUGGCUUCAUCUUUAUCUUCCAUGUCACCUUCUCCUCCAAUCACUCCCAUGCAGCCGGUCUCUUUGGGAUUUGAACUCAUUUGUCAACAAGAAUGGGGAGAACAACAGCCUUCUUUUAAUAAAAAUAGUCUUAUUUCUGCUCGUAUCGUUCAAGGAGAAACAAUAGCUUUCUCUUUGAAGCCUUUAAUUCAAGAAUAUCUUGUACAAAAUAAUGGUGAAAGAACUGUUAUAGUCUUAACUAGUAGAGUAGCACAGAAAAGUUAUGGAACUGAAAAGAGAUUUUUAUGUCCACCGCCAACAACUAUUUUAAAAGGUGCAAACUGGUGGACAAGUCAUAAUCAUGGAAAUUUAACAGAUAAAUCUAAUCUAUUAAUGACUGAUCCAAAAAAAUCUAAUUUCUUUACUACUUCUACUACUGCUGCUUCUGCUACAACUAUUUCUUCUUCUUCAAGUCCUCCUAAAUUAACUAUUCAUAUCUCGGGUGAAGCAAUUACUCAAACAGGUGUUAUUGAAUGGCAAACAUCAGAUGGUACUAUUAUCGAUCCUUCUUCUUCUAAUGCUUCUACUGUAGUUAGCUCUGGACGUUGUGUAUCAAAACAAUUGUAUAUAAAUGAUGCUGAUGAAAAGAGAAAACGUGUUGAGGUUUUAGCUAAAAUUCAAUUAGGAAAUGGUGUACAAUUAGGUACCUUUCCUAGUAAAGGUAUUAAGGUCAUCAGUAAACCAAGUAAGAAGAGGCAAAGCAUCAAGAAUAUGGAAUUAUGUAUUCAUCAUGGUACAACUAUCUCUUUAUUCAAUCGUAUUCGUUCACAAACAGUUUCAACAAAAUAUUUGGGCGUAUCUAAUGGUCUUAGUAACGAUAACAACGGUACUUGCUUUGUAGCUAGAACAGGUUCUUGGGAUCCUUUUGUUAUUUGGAUUGUUGAUACAGGUCGUUCAUCUGAAACAACAACAAUGCCUCAUCAUCAACAUCAUCCUAAUAAUAUUCAUUUUCCACCACCCCCAGCUAUUGCAUUACAAACUCCUUCUACUGCUCAGCAACCAAUCGCUGUUCAUUAUAAUCAACCUGUUGUACUUCAGUGUGUAACAACAGGUCUCGUAAGCCCUGUCAUGAUCAUUCGAAAGGUCGAUAAAGGGUCUAUGGCUUUAGGAGGCAAUGGUAUGAUCAAUGAAGAUUUCUUCUCCAAGACAGUUCUCGGUGGUGAAUGUGGGGAUGAAAGUCUGGGUGAUCCAGUAUCUCAACUUCAUAAAAUUGCUUUCCAAAUAGUCCAAGAUCCUAGUUUAGCUAUGAAUCAUCCAUCUAAAUCAAGUCAACAACAAGAUAGAAGAUUAUCGACAUCGAAUCAUUAUAGAAUACCUCAGUCAAACCAUUCUGUCACUUAUUUAGCUUGUCUAAAUGAUGUGGUAGGAAUGCAUAAGGUAGCUUAUAAUCGUCAUCUUGUACCCGCUUGUCAACCUAGACCAGACAUGAAUUCAACUUCAUUGUCAGAUCUUCUUUUGAAAGGGAAUCUGUCAAAAGAUGAAAACCUAUAUGAUCGUCACUCCUCUACCCCUCUCUCUCAGCAGCAGCAGCAGCAACAACAACAAUCAUCAUCAACAACGAUAGAUGCUAAAAUGACACCUACAACAAAAGCGCGUCGUCGUAUGAGUAGUAGUACUGGUGCUACAGAAACAACUAAAGGACGUCGUAGCAGCUUAUUAUCAGAACGCCGAAGUAGCUCUCUAUCGGAUACAUCUGGAUUAGAAGGUGCAUGUUGGACAGAAGAUGUUUCAGAUGCAGCAGUAUGGACAAUUGUAGGUACAGAUUGUGCAACCUAUACCUUUUGGACACCUUCAAAUGAGAGUCAUCAUGGUUUCAAUAUGCCAUUUCAUCAUACCCGUAGUACCCCUAUUACACCUUUCCCACUUUUACAUGAAAUCUCAAUGACAGAGGAUGAUAAUAAGGAUCGUUCUUCUUUGACACUCAUAGGAGAAAACAUAACACGUGACUUGAAUAUUUGGUUUGGAGAUAUUAAAUCACCACAAACUGAAUAUAAAUCAAGAGAUUCCAUUACAUGUAAAAUACCUGAUAUAAAUGAAUUGAUGAAUAGUCCUACCAUUAUUGCAGAUGAUGAAGAUGUAUUAAAAAAGAAGAUACCCUUAUUAUUAGUUCGUGGUGAUGGUAUUGUUUAUAGAACUGAUCAAUUUUAUGUCUUUUAAUGUCAUUUAUGUAUAUGUAUUUUUUUUUUUUUUGUAUUUUU